UGCCAGUCUUUCUUUCACUUUUCAGCAAUGCAAGUGGGAGACGACUGCCGCUUCUUCCUAACUGCCACUUGUGCCAAGGGCGAUCACUGUCGAUUCCGCCAUAGCCAGGCUGCCCGUGACCAUGGAGAACCAGUCACCUGCCCAGACUGGCUUGCCGGGUCGUGCAUAGACGCCGCUUGUCUCAAGCGCCAUCACCACGCUGCCGUCCCUCAACAGCAGCAGGCAACCGCAGUCGCCUGCUACUGGGAAACGCAGCCUUCCGGCUGCCUCAAGCCAUCCUGUCAUUUCAAGCACUCCCUUCCAAGGCCGCAUGCAGCUGCUCCCGCUCAAGAUCAUGGCAAUGCACCAGCACAGUCCCUUUCUUCGACGGAGCCACGAGCUAUUCCAAGUUCUGCUGGACGGCCGCCAUCCAAUUCUACGCUGCUCGAAGGUUCUCCUUCAGCUCCACAGUCCCGUCCUCCCUCAAGCGAAUUUGAAGCCCUUCGGAACCAGCCUCCUGUGAUGCUUUUCAACGGAGCUGGGCCUCGCCACGCCGCUCCGCCCCUUCGGCCACCACCUGCACCCUCUCAUGCGGCUGUCGCACAUCCACCAUUUCGAACUGACGUCGCAUCAAGCUCGCAUGCAGGGCAUGCCGCACCUAUUGGUCCACCCGGUGCAACCAGUCUAAUGGGACCGCCGCCUCGCAUGCUGCCUCCACCUCCUGGAAUGGUGCCUCCUCCGGGCAUGAUGCCUCCUCCUGGAAUGGUACCGCCUCCUCCUGGAAUGGUACCUCCUCCUCCUCCUGGAAUGGUACCGCCUCCAGGAAUGAUGCCUCCUGGCAUGGUUCCUCCUCCUCCUCCUGGCAUGAUGCCGCCGCCACCCGGAAUGCGACCGCCUGCUGGAAUGAUGCCGCCCCCGAUGAUGCCUUCAGGAUUGGUACCACCUCACCUCAGACCGCCGCACAUGUUGCCGCCGCCACCUGGUAUGGGCCCACCGCUCCAUCUGCGCCCUCCAAUGGCCGGUCCUCCGAUGGCCGGCCCUCCAAGACCUCCGCCAGCCCUGCCCCCGCAAAUGACCGCCGCUCAACAACAAAAGAUGAUUGCCUCACAAAUUCCUGUGAGCUCGGUGCCCGCGUUGGGACGCACAGCCAACCCGUCUGCCGCCGAACCCGCUCGCGAACCUGUUGAAGCGACACAACCGCCAACCGAGGCCGGUCCGACUGCAAUGCCGCCCCCUUCCAAGCCGCUCGCCCCUCCGACGAAAGCGGCCUCUGCAGCGGCACCAAAGCAGGCCGCCGAACCAAAUUCCAAGAUCGCUCCGACCUCCAAACCUCUCGCUCCGACCUCCAAACCUCCAUCAUCUGCAGUUGCAGCCAAGCUGGCUAUCGAUACCGGGGCGAUCCAUUCCAGCGCGAGCGACGACGAGACCCAGCAAGUUUCCUCGCCUCGACUCAAGGUGGCUCCAAAACUCAAGUCGCGCGUUUCAGCGGCCCCUGUCGCACCCAGCACGUCGCUCGAUUUUCAAGUCAAGACUUUGGAGCAAAUUCGGCGAGAAAAGGAAGAGCAACAACAGCGAGAAAAGGAAGCCCAGUCCCAGCCAGCCGCCGCGCGCACCGCUGCUGCGCUCAAGAAGAAGGCUACUUCUGCUGCACCCGCGGCUGUCGCGACACAGCCUGCCCCCGAACCAUCACCGGCGGCAGCGGUCGCCACAAUGGCCACUGAACCAGCGCCCGCUCCCGCCGCUGUCGUCGCUGCUGCAACUGUCAAACCCGUAGCCAAAGCGACUCCCGCUGCAGUAUCUGCGCCUUCGUCUGGAGCUGACGCCAUCGUCAUCAAAAGCUUUGAGGAAAUUAUGCGUGAGAAGCGGGCCAAGCAGCAGCAGCAGCAGCAACUUCAAUCGGCUGCUGAUGCCGUCGUCGUUUCGCCUGCACCUGGUUCGACUGCCACCAAUGGCAAAGCCAAACCCGCAAUGAAGAAGCCAGCCGCUGUUCAGAACACCGUUAACGCCAUCCAUCCUCCGGUUGUAGCACCUGCGGAGCUUCCAGUACCGGCGGGAGCAGCAGAAACCUCAACUGCGGUUCCCAUGCAAGUCGAUGCUGCGCCGAUCGCCGUUCCGGCUGCCAAGGCUGUUGCGGCACCAGCACCAAAGCCCGCCGCAGCACCAGCACCAAAACCCGCCGCAGCAACGGUAACGAAGCAAGCAAAGCCGGCAUCGACGGUCGGAACCCCAACUUCUGUCGCCAAGCCCGCUCCCGCUCCCGCGACUGUUGCUGCGGCCUCUGCUACAUCCCCUGCUACUGCCAAGCCCAAGCCUUCCACGCCCGCUGCAGCGGCAGCACGCAAGCCGAUCGCAGCCAAAUCGCCUGCUUCCGCGACACCGACAGCGACAUCGACACCACCACCAACAAUGACUCCCGCCCCUGUUGCUGCAGCUCCGCAAAAGCGACCAGCCGAGGAUCCGAUUGAACCGACAGCUCCUGCCAAGAUUGCCCGGGUUGACAGCGCAGAAGCUUCGCAAUCCAACAACGCUUCGGCCAACACAUCAGACUCGUUUGUUCGGACUGUGUCGAUGGAUUUGGAUCUUGGCAAUAUCGGCACAGUGGUCGAUGACGACAUGUUUGAAACGCGCAUGGCUCAGCUCGAUGCUCAGAAGCGCACCCCCGCGGUCGAUACCAAGCCGGCCGUUCUCGCAACGACAUCAGCAGCCCCAAACCCGACUGGAUCCGUGCCCGCGUCCGCCGUCCUCAGUGACUUUGAACUGGAAUUGGCUGCCUUUGAGCAAAUGAUGUGAGCUUUUUCUCUUUUUUCUUUGCUGUUGCUGCUUGCCGUCUUCCUUGUUACAAUUACAUUGUACUUUUACUUUUACUUCCUUC